CAUUCGUUUCGGUUCGUAUUAUUACUAUUGGGAAUUAUAAUCGUUAUUCUUUUAUCGCUAUAAAACUGUGGUGUAAUGUUUUUAGUAUUGAAUUGAUUGCAUUUCGUUAAAUUACGUGUAGACAUUGUGAGAAAAUGUCGACAGUCGGUCAAGUGAUAAAAUGCAAAGCUGCGGUGGCGUGGAAGGCAGGGGAACCACUUUCCAUCGAAGAAAUCGAAGUUGACCUACCGAAAGCUGGAGAAGUGAGGAUAAAGAUAGUUGCCUCCGCCGUUUGCCACACCGACGCUUACACUUUAUCGGGGAAAGACCCAGAGGGUGUGUUCCCGGUGAUUUUGGGCCAUGAAGGCGGUGGUAUCGUAGAAAGCAUUGGACAAGGUGUCACUACAGUGAAGCCAGGUGAUCAUGUGCUACCUCUAUAUGUCCCGCAGUGUAAAAAAUGCAAGUUCUGCCUCAACCCCAAAACUAACCUGUGUCAAAAAGUCCGGGUCACGCAAGGGCAAGGCCUUAUGCCGGACGGUACCAAGCGAUUCCGCUGCAAGGGUCAGGAGCUGUUCCACUUCAUGGGAUGCUCAACGUUCAGUCAAUAUACCAUUGUUCAUGAAAUUUCCUUAUGCAAAAUCGACGAAAAGGCCCCUCUUGAAAAAGUAUGUUUGCUUGGAUGUGGAGUAACCACUGGUUACGGAGCUGCCCUGAACACGGCAAAGGUUGAAGCUGGGUCUAACUGCGCUAUAUUUGGUCUAGGAGCCGUCGGUCUGGCUGUCGCUUUAGGCUGCAAAGUUUCUGGUGCUAAUCGCAUAAUUGGUGUGGAUACUAACCCGGACAAAUUUGAAUAUGCAACUAGGAAAUUUGGUGUAACUUGA